UACGCAUCAUAAAAAGCACGGACGUCAUGAAGAUUUUCGUUGUUCUAACCGCAAUUCUGGCUUGUGCCAGUACACAAACUUUUGAUGAACAGACGGAGAUAAACGCACGUCAAGAGCGCUUGGUCACUAACCAGAUUGCUUCCGCCAUCGAAGAUAUCAGAAAGCAAAUAAGAGAAGCCGGAUUCGAUCCACUGGACGUUGAUAGAAGAGAAAUUGUCAUCCCUCCAGAGGAAGACUUCCAUGCACUUGCCGCUUUCGCCGAGGACAUCAAAAGCACUGGAUUAAGCAACAUCGUCAUUAUCACUAACAAUUUUAGCAUCCUUAGCGCCCGUCUCAACUUAGUCCUGAGUCUACCUCGUGUUGAAGCUAGCGUUGGUGCUGCCCGUGUUGAGCUUAAUGUGUUCGAUUACGAAGGCUACGCUAGCGCCAGUGGACGUGCCGCCAUAAACAACCUUCGUGUUAGCGCUGAAGUGCGUAUAAGCAUAAGCGUCGUCUCAGGAAUUUCUAUUAGGAGUCUCAAUAUAGACCUUACCUUAGGAGGAGUUGAGGCGGAUCUAAAUGUUAAUUUGUUUGGACGCGACCUCUCCGACACCAUCACUAACUUCCUCUCACAGACCGUGCCAACCACUAUUGCCAAUAACAGGACCACAAUCAACAGGUUUUUGGAAUACACCCUGCUUCAAAUAAUCGAAGAUUUUCUUCCCUAAGCAACAACAACAAACAAC